UGGUUCUAGCUAGUCAGGCAUUCCAGGCGUCAUUGGUAUAAAUACUUCAGGUCCAUCCCCCUGUCCCUGGCAUUCUCCACAUCAGUCCUCUCUUCAACAGAUCGAAGUUAACUCUUCUUGCACACCCCCUUUCCCUCCUCCAUCUCCAUCUACCCUCCUCUGUUGGAGACCACUUCUCCCCACAUCAUCAACAGUAAAAUACCGAGAAUGGUUGCGCACUCGCCUCGUCGUCUGGCCUUGGCGGCUUCCUUGGCUGCCCUUGCCACGUUCACAACAGCCGCACCAGUAUCGAACGACCCCUGUGCGAUCCUCGGUCACCUGAACGCCACGGAUAUCACCUACGCCCAUGUUAGUGCCUGCUACAAGGCCAUCCCUUAUGACCCGAAGGUUGCUCAGGCAACCUACACUUCCGUCCACGCCUUGUUCAACGAUUACUAUGUCUUCCGCGACUCGGCUUUGACCCCUGACCUUCAGAAGCCAUUCUUGAGCGCCCCUGUGGACAUUGUGGAGCAGCUGGAGACAAUUGGACAAACAAAGUACACCAGCGACUACCAGUUCCACAGAGACGUCUCAGAUGCGAUCUACACACUGCACGAUGCUCACGCUGGAUACAACGUCGACUGCUACAAUGCCUAUCUCUUUUCACAGCCCCUCAACCUCUACGCGCCAGUCACCAACGGCAAGCAGUCCCUGCGUGUGUUGACUGACCUUGCCAAGCGCGGCUACGAGGACUGCGAGGUCUUGACCAUCGACGGACAGGAUGCGCUGCCUUACAUGAACAAAUGGGCUACCCACAACAUCGGCUUCUCUAAGGACGGUGGCGUCCGUCUGAACCAGGCCCUUGCCAACCAGAUCUACAACCACAAUUCUGGGCAGUUCGUUCUUUCGUCCGGUGAUUUUGCCGAACGUGCGACCCUGCCCGAAAAUCCCUAUAUCGAAUACAACCUACAGUGCGCCCAAUCAAAUACACCCCUCAAGGUUCGCGACCAGUGGGUUAUCUUCACUUUGACCGAGGCUACCUUCUCAGACGUGGGGUCUUAUGUCAACAACGUGUGCUAUAGUGCCUCCACAGGCGGUAACAACAGCAUAAAGCGUGAGCUCAUGGUGCCUCCUAUGAAGCGACACCUGUUCCCGGUCCCCAGAAAGAGUGCUAUGCUGGAUAUUCAGAAUGCAACCCCUUCGCCUAAUCCUCCACCAGGCUUUGCCGGUGCUGAUAAGUUGGGAGAAGGCAAUGCUACUGUCUAUUACCAUCUCAAGACCUAUCCCGAUGUCGGUGUCAUCGUCGUCUUCACACACCAGGCCGAGAACUCUGAGUUGGAUGUAGCCCUUUCAGCUUUGGAGGAAUUCCAUCGCCGCAACGUGACCAAGCUGAUCAUCGACUUCCAGGGCAACGGCGGUGGAUCGGUUAGCUUUGCAUCCUACAUUGUCCAGGCGUUCUUCCCCAACAAGACUCCCCUUGACAAGUCUCUCCGCUCCGACCUCCGCGUCAACAAGUUGAUUCAGGACCUCAGUGUUGCGGUCUUCAACAACUCGGAUGCAGGACUCUACAAUGCCGCCCAGUACUUCGACUUGCAGGCCAAUGACCUGUACCAGAGCGACAGUCUCUUCUUGAAUACCGUUGAUCUCACUCGCAACGGCCGCAGCGCUAUGUUUACAGGCACCACAACCUUGGCUCCUAGUUCCUUGCCCGAUAUCCCGCAGCUCACGACUUUCCCCUGGACGAACAAUGCAAACAACAUCCGUAUCUUGAGCGACGGUCGCUGCGGAUCUUCAUGCGCCUUGUCUUCCUACUACUUCCAUACACUUAACAACGUCACCGCAUACUCCAUCGGCGGAAAUCAUGGCGAGGAUCUCUCGAUUUACUCGUUUGCGGGCGGUGCUGUCAGCUCUUUGAGCGAUCUUAACAAGAUCUACGCCCUGACUAACUUGACGAGCCCUUUCGGUACUUUGCCAUACAAGGGUGAUAUUAGUCUGCCUAUCUUAGAGGUUUAUGCCAACGGCAGCGAUGUGCCUCUGGAGUACGAUGCUGCCCAGUACCCUGCCAAUUUCCACCUAGCUUUUGAUUCCACUAACGCUCGUAAACGCGAUGUCAUGUGGAGCCAGGUCGCUGCCCAUGCUUGGAGUUAAAAAGACCAUCGGAGCUCUUCCGAAGGAAGAUCUCUUUGUAUUUAUUGUUUAUACACAUCUGUUCAGUCUCGCUAUCUACAACCACAUCUUGUACUAGUAUCAAAAAUAAAGAAAUGAUAUC